AGGAUUUAAUUUUUAUAAUUAUCUUCCAAAUUUAAGUUACUCUGUUUCAUCAGAGUUCUUUUCUUAUUUCUUUAGGAAAGCAACAGCCCACCAUUUCUGAUGAAAGAUGUGGUCAUGAAAUUCAACAUAACAUCACAACAACGUUGAAUCUGUUUUUAACCGUCACUCUACUCUUUAGAUCCAUUCCCAGAAAAACAUGAAACUGACAGUCGGAUAGUUGGAUUAGUAGUGUCUUCAAAAUUUUGGUCCAAAGGUGAAAGCUUUCAUCAUUAAUGAGUUCAAUUCUGUAUGUAUAACUCUUUUUUUGAUUUGAAUUGCAGUAACAUAAUCAGAUUUGAGAUAUGAAGUUCAAACAAGGAAAUAAAGUUGAGGUAUUGAGAAAAGAAAAGAAAGAGUUUGAGUCCUGUUGGUAUCCAGGUAAAAUAAUUUAUAUAGUUGGAUCUCAAUACACUGUUAGUUAUAAUUUGGUUCGAAACUCGAAAGGAGAACCACUUGUAGAAAAUGUUUGUCGAGGAGAUGUUAGACCAAUACCACCACCAACAAAAAGAGACGGAGAAUGGGUAAUUGGUGAUGUUGUUGAGGUUUUCGAUCUUAGUUGCUGGAAAGCGGGGAAGAUUGCAAAAGUCAUGAACGGAAAUCGUGUUGUUAUUAGACUCGUUGGGUCAAUCCGACUAAAGGAAUUUCAUGAGUCUAAUUUACGGGUUCGACAAACUUGGCAAAAUGGGGAAUGGAUUGCUGCUGUGAAGGGAGGUCGAGAAAGACGCGACGAUAAUAAUGAUACUCUACGUAAGUGUUCAAGUCUUGCCCAAGGCCUUGGUAGAGGGUCCCAACAACAUCUUAUUCUCAAAGAACCUUCUGUAAGAGAUGGAGAGGAGCAGGAAAAGUUCAAGAAUCUCCAACUUAUGAAGAAGUCGAAGAGAAAUAUUGACCUCCAUUUUGAGUCAGCAUUUCAUGAUGAAAUAACUGAGAUAGGUGGUAGAAAGAGAAAAGCACUCAUGAAAGUGGGAAAUAGUGGUCGACUUCCUAAGAAAGCUAAAAUGGGUAAGAACUGCAACUAUUCUUUGCAUCCCUUUUCAAUGCCCGUUAAGGUUGUUACUGAAGAUAGCAAUGAAUGCUCUGUUGCUAGUUGUAGUAGUAAUUAUUUGCCAGAUUAUAAGCCCCGAAGUUGGGAAAUAUCAUCGAAGAAUGGGGAUGGUAGUUGUUUUGACGAUGCUGGAUCAGUUUGUCCAUCUAUGUCUAAGAAGGACUAUUUACAAUCUUAUGCCGACGAUGAAUUACCAGACGAUGAAGACAAUGGCGUUCAUAAAUUAGAGUUACAUGCUUAUAAAUCAACUGUUCAAGCACUAUAUGCGUCUGGCCCAUUAAGUUGGGAACAAGAAUCACUCUUAACAAAUCUGCGUCUCUCUCUAAACAUUUCGAACGAGGAGCACCUUCGUCAGCUGAGACAACUCUUAUCUGCGCAGGUUAUUUGAUUUCAUUAUUCCCCUAACAGGUACACUUUAAGGGUUAACGUCGAAAAUCAAACUAAAUUAGUGGAAACAACUACCCUUUCAUACUGAUUUGCGAGUUUUUUUGUGAAAAAGGAGGAAACCCUUGAACAGGAACGAGAGCAGAGUUACAUUUUCAAUUACAUUCGAGAAGAAAUUUAGGCAGACAAUUUUGGGUUGUCUUUCAAAUGUAAAUAUACAUGUAGAUGAGGUGUUUCAGUAAAGCCAAAUAAGGUAAUGUAGUUUUUCAGAUGAUUAUUGCCACUCUUUAUCUUUUUUUUUUCAAUAGUAUCAUCAGUGCACAUUGCAACUCUA